AUGAGUUCUUCGCUAGAGCACAAAACAUCGAGCUCUCGUUCAGGCUCUGUUUCUGGCUCCAACUUGGAUGAAAAAGCCCCAGUUUACGACGAUAAAAACUCACAUUUCAAUGACAAUACCACCAACGAUGUCGUUGAGCAAGCCGUCGAAGCACCCAAAUCAAUCGGUGUUAUUAAGGCAGAAUUGUUAGCAGAACAAUGGAAACACACCUUUUGGUACAAACUCGUCUUGUUGUUCUCCGCAUUCCUCGUUGGUUACGCAUACGGUUUGGACUCACAAACCAGAUACGUUUAUACCGCUUACGCAACUGCGUCAUGGAGUGAACAUUCAUUGUUGACCACCGUGAAUGCCAUCACCGCUUUAACUGCCGCUGCCGCACAACCAGUUUACGCAAGAUUAUCUGACGUGUUUGGCCGUUUGGAAUUGUUUAUUGUUGCUGUAUUAUUUUACGUUGUCGGAACAAUUAUCGAAUCCCAAUCACCAACCAUUAACGCAUAUGUUGCAGGUGCUGUAUUGUACCAAAUUGGAUACAGUGGUAUCAUUAUGGUGUUGUUGUUUAUCCUUUCAGACUUUUCAAGUUUGAGAUGGAGAUUAUACUUCUCAUUGUGUCCCUCGUUCCCAUUUAUCAUCAACACCUGGAUUUCAGGUAAUGUUACCGAGGCAGUUGGUACCAACUGGGGAUGGGGUAUCGGUAUGUGGGCAUUUAUCUUGCCCUUGGCUUGUAUCCCAUUCCUUUGCUGCAUGAUCCACAUGAGAUGGCUUGCUGGUAAAACCGAGGAAUGGAAGGUGUUUAAACAAAGACAAACCAAGUUCCAAGAAUUGGGAUUUGUUGGAUUUAUCAAAUACUUGUUUUGGAGAUUGGAUGUCAUUGGUCUUAUCUUGAUGGUUGUUUCCUUGGGUUGUCUUUUGAUCCCAUUGACUCUUGCCGGUGGUACACAAGAGAAAUGGAAACAAGGCAACAUCAUUGCCCCAAUUGUAAUUGGUGCCGUGCUCAUCAUAGUAUUUUGCGUUUGGGAAAACUUUGCCAAAGACCCAAUCUUACCCUUGUCAUUGAUGAAGGACCGUGGUAUUUGGUCAGGUGCAGUAAUUUCCUUCUUGUUUGACUUUGUCUAUGCCGUUGAGGCAAGUUUCCUUUACACAGUGUUGAUUGUUGCCGUUAACGAGUCAAUGAAAUCAGCAACCAGAAUCUCCAGUGUCUCAUCCUUUGCUAGUGUGGUGUGUGGAUUUUUCUUUGGUUUAUUCGUUGCUUACUUCCGUCACAUGAAACCAUUCAUCAUCUUUGGUUGUUCCUUGUGGAUGGUUGCAUUUGGUCUUAUGUACAAUUACAGAUCAACCUUGUCCGCACACGCUGGUAUAAUUGGUGCUAUGGUGGUGAUGGGUAUCGGUACCGGUUUCUUCACUUACCCAAUCACCGUCAGUGCCCAAAGUUGUGUUAGCCACGAACACAUGGCUGUGGUUACUUCUGCAUUGUACACACUUUACAGAGUUGGUUACGCCGUUGGUGCCUCCGUUGCAGGCGCAAUUUGGUCUCAAACCUUGUUCAAGAAAUUGUCUGAACACUUACCAACAGACCUUGCUACCAGCGUCUACUCUGACCCAUACACAUUUGCAAGCACUUAUGCAUGGGGAACUGACGAAAGAGAAGGUGCCGUUAAGGCAUAUGGUGAAGUGCAAAGAAUCUUGAUGAUUGUGUGUCUUUGUUUCGUUGCACCAAUGAUUCUUUCUGCAUUCUUCUUGAGAGACCACGAGUUGACUAGAGAGCAAUCGUUGGAACAAGUUGAAGAAAAAGAAAAACAAGAAACCUUAGGUGGAUUCUUUGAGAACUUUGGAAGAACCAGAGCUGAACGUGUUUAA